AUGGCCAUAAUGAUCUUGGCAGUGUUCCUUAUAUCGUCGUCGUUUUCCUCACCAUCAACUUCAGCUCAACUCUUAGAUCCAUCGCCAGCUGAAUGUGAUCGUCGGUGUGGAGAUGUAGACAUUCCAUACCCCUUUGGCACCACCGAAGGCUGUGCCUUGGAGAGCAAGUUUCUGAUCAACUGUAACAAAUCAACCGGCGAACCUAUACAAGGUAAAAAUCUGUUGGUCACCAACAUAUCCAUCGAACAUCACGAAAUAAGCAUCGCCACGUAUGUUGCCAGAGCUUGUUACGAUCAGGAUGGACGACGUGUAAACAGAAACCGGCCUACUCUCAGGGUGCCACCCCAGUAUACCAUCUCUAGUUCCAAGAACAAGUUCACUGUCAUUGGCUGCGACUCCUAUGCCUAUCUUUAUGGCAACUACAACAACGAUGAUAACGACUACUCCACUGGUUGCACUACUAGAUGUGGCAGCAUAGCAAAAGUGUCGGCCAAUGGAUCUUGUUCAGGCAUUGGUUGUUGCCAGAUCGACAUUCCCGCCGGCCUCCAAAAUGCCGAAAUUGCUACCAUGAGCUUCGAUAAUCAUACAAAGGUUGCGGGGUUUAACAACUGCACCUAUGCCUUUGCGGUGGAACAGGGCAAGUUCAAUUUCGCCCAAGCUUAUCUUGCCAAUUUUCCUCAAGAGAGGCUGCCGCAGGUGGUUGAGUGGGCUGUAAGUAAUGAUACCAGCUGUGGAGGGAAUGCCACAGCUCAAUACUUUGACGACUUGUCUGGAUACUAUUGCCAAUGCAACACCGGCUACAUUGGAAAUCCAUAUUUGACUGAUGGUUGCCAAGAUAUUGAUGAAUGUCAGACUUCCAAUCGCACUUGCACUUCAUAUGAGGACUGUGUUAACCGACAGGGAAGUUUUAUAUGCAAGAAAAAAGGCAAACUGGCUGUCAUUGAAGUCACCAUUGGUACUGCAAUCGGCCUUAUUGCCUUACUUAUAGCUAGCUCCUGGAUAUACUUGGUUUUCAAGAAGAGAAAGCUAAUGAAGCUUAAAGAAAAGUUUUUUCAACAGAAUGGAGGAUAUAUUCUACAGCAAAAACUCUCUCAGCAGCAGGAGUACUCCAGUGAUACUGCAGCCAAGAUCUUCACUGAAGAAGAGUUGAAAAAGGCCACCCUCAAUUAUGAUGACAGCACAAUCAUUGGCAGGGGAGGUUUUGGUACAGUCUACAAAGGAUUUUUAGCAGAUAAUAAGAUUGUUGCUAUUAAGAAGUCCAAGAUUGUGGAUCAGACCCAAAUUGGGCAAUUUAUCAAUGAGGUUAUUGUGCUUUCCCAAAUUAACCAUAGGAAUGUGGUUAAACUCUUGGGGUGUUGUUUAGAGACAGAAGUUCCUUUACUUGUUUAUGAAUUUGUCCCAAAUGGCACCCUCUUUGAGCACAUACAUGAUGAGAACAGAGCAUUCAAUUUGUCUUGGAAAAUUCGUCUAGGAAUAGCGGCAGAAACUGCAGAAGCAUUGUCGUAUCUGCAUUCUUCGGCUUCAACACCAAUCAUCCAUAGAGAUGUCAAGUCCUCCAAUAUACUUCUUGAUAAUUACAAUGCAAAAGUUUCAGAUUUUGGAGCUUCAAAGUUGGUUCCAAUGGAUCAAAUUGAAGUGGCAACAAUGGUGCAAGGAACUCUUGGAUACCUGGAUCCUGAAUACUUGCAUACUAACCAAUUGACAGAGAAAAGCGACGUUUAUAGCUUUGGAGUUGUUCUUGUUGAGCUACUAACAGGACGAAAGGCUGUGUCAUUUGAUAAGCCGGAGGAGAAAAAUUCAGCCAAGUAUUUUCUUUCUUCAUUGAGAGAAGGUUGGGUGUUUGAAGUUAUAGAUAGUAAUAUAAACAUGGAAGAGAACAAAGAACAAGUCAAGGAAGUGGCACAGGUAGCAAAAAGGUGCUUGAAUUUGAGAGGUGAUGAAAGGCCUAGCAUGAAAGAAGUAGCAAUGGAACUACAAGGACUAAGACAAAUGGAGAAGCAAUGGUGGGUUAAUUCGGAGUCAAAUAAUAUGGAAGAAAUUGAAUACUUGCUUGGUGAGACGACAUCCAGUUCAUACCAACAGUACAGAGAUGUUAGCAAUAUGACUGCAGCAUACGACAGCAUUAGGGACCAUUCAUGUGGCAACAUGACAAUUCCCUACCCCUUUGUCAUCUCAGAAAGCUGUGCCCUGGAGAAGAAAUUUUUCAUCAACUGUAGCACCAAAGAACCAAUGUUAGGCGAGAAUGUGUGGGUCACCAACAUAUCCAUCCAAACCCAUGAGAUAAGCAUCACGUCAUAUGUUGCUAGACUUUGUUACAAGACGAGUGGAACCGGAGAAACAAACCGGCCGUCCCUCAGGGUGCCCAAGUUUACCAUUUCUAGUUCCAAAAACAAGUUCACUGUCAUCGGCUGCGACUCCUAUGGAUAUCUUUAUGGUAAUGGAAAGAACCAAAACUACUCCACCGGUUGCUUCACCAGAUGUGAAAGCCUCGAUACAGUUUCGGCCAAUAAUUCUUGUUCUGGUAUUGGAUGUUGCCAGAUUGAUAUACCUUCAGGGUUUAAGAAUAUUUCAUUGGAGGCCUAUAGCUUUUCCAAUCACAGUGGGGUGAUGGAUUUCAACCCCUGCACGUAUGCCUUUGUUGUUGAAAAGGACAAGUUUAAUUUCUCCCGAACUUAUCUUGCCGAGUUCCCGGAAGAGAAGCAGCCGUUGGUGCUUGAGUGGGCCAUAGAUAAGGCUGCUAAUCAGUACAUGUGUGGAAAGAAUGCUACUAAAGAAGAUAAGGUGGGCGACGGGUCUGGAUACUAUUGCAAAUGCAACCAGGGCUACGUUGGAAAUCCAUAUUUGCCUCAUGGUUGCCAAGAUUUCGAUGAAUGUCAGAAUAAUCAUCAUAAUUGCACUGUAAACCAGUACUGUGUCAACACAGAAGGAAACUAUACCUGCCAACCAAAAAAUCAACCAGAUCAACUUCUUGUGAUUAAGAUCACCAUUGGUGUUGCAAUUGGCCUUGUUGCCCUAGUCAUAUGUAGCUCUUGGCUACACUUGGUCUUCAGUAAGAGAAAGCUUAUAAAGCUUAAAGAAAAGUUCUUCCGGCAGAAUGGUGGAUUGAUUUUACAGCAAAAACUCUCCCAACAAGAAGACUAUUCCAACGAGACAGCUGCCAAGAUCUUCAGUGAAGAGGAGCUGAAAAAGGCUACACUUAACUACGAUACAAGUACGAUCAUCGGACAAGGAGGUUUUGGUACAGUCUACAAAGGAUUUUUGGCAGACAAGAAGAUUGUUGCCAUCAAGAAGUCCAAGAAUGUGGAUCAAACCCAAAUUGAGCAAUUUAUCAAUGAGGUCAUCGUGCUGUCCCAGAUUAACCACAGAAAUGUGAUUAAACUCUUGGGUUGUUGUUUAGAGACAGAAGUUCCUCUACUUGUAUAUGAAUUCGUCCCUAAUGGCACUCUCUUUGAGCACGUACAUGAUGCUAACAAGGCAUCCAAUUUGCCUUGGAAAGUUCGCCUUGGAAUAGCUGCAGAAACAGCUGGAGCAUUGUCAUAUCUGCAUUCUGCAGCUUCAACACCAAUCAUACAUAGAGAUGUCAAGUCCUCCAACAUACUUCUUGAUAAUCAUACAGCAAAAGUUUCAGACUUUGGAGCGUCAAGGUUGGUACCACUUGAUCAAAUUGAAGUAGCAACGAUGGUGCAAGGAACUCUUGGAUACUUAGAUCCUGAAUACUUGUACACAAAUCAAUUGACAGAAAAAAGUGAUGUGUACAGCUUUGGAGUUGUACUGGUGGAGUUACUAACAGGAAGGAAGGCAUUGAUGUUCGAUCGGCCAGAGGAUGAGAGAAAUCUAGCUCAGUAUUUCCAUUGUUCCUUGAAAGAAGGUCGGUUGUUUGAAGUCAUUGAGAGCAAUUUAAACAAGGAAGAAAACAAGGAGCAAAUUAAGGAAGUGGCAGAGCUAGCGAAAAGGUGUUUAAAUUUAAGGGGGGAUGAUAGGCCUAGUAUGAAAGAAGUAGCAAUGGAAUUGGAAGGACUAAGAAAAACAGAGAAGCAUCCUUGGGUCAAUGAAGAGGUCAUGAAUAUGGAAGAAAUUGAGUACUUGCUUGCUGAGACUUCCAAUGCAAAUGACGGUAGCAUUACAACUUCUGCAUAUGACAGCGUCAGGAACCCUGUAUCAUUGGACUUCUCUGGGAGAUGAGCACAUUCGGCAUAUAUAAUAUCUAAUGUUAUGGACAUUGUAUCACUUGUCGUCAUGUUGUUAUCAUUUUUGUUCUUUGAAUAUAAAAUUUUUGUUUUCAAUGCUGCAAAA